AUAGUUGUUAAGUUGAAGUUUGUUUUGAUGGUGCCAUGAGGGCGGCCUCGUAGUGUCGGCGAGGGAGAGGAGUACGUAGCUGAAGGCAAACUGCACCUACCAUCAAGAAGAAUAAGUCACACUAUUCGCCACACUGGACGUGUUCGUCCUCUCAAAAGACUAUAGGAUAAUACAGCCAUUUUGACAUUACCCGAACCCCGGGGUGCAUCUGGUGCCGAGGGAUGUGGUCACCCCUAAGUGAGCAAGAAGUCCUGGGCCUGCAAACUGCUCAUUCGACAAGGAAUUAACAUAGAACAAGCUCGCCAGAACUGUAGUGUAAACACGACGGAAUUGCUUUGUUUAAUUAUCUGACACAAACUAACGCUGGAGGAUAAGAAGGCGCCAGUCAUCCACGGCCCAAGUAUGGCUAGUGGGAUGAUCCUUGCUGGCCUGGGGCUGGCCACUCUUGGUUUUGGGGCUCGUUUUGUUUUUCGUACCAUGCCUGCUUUGGGAAAGAAGAUGGCAGAUGCAGUAAAUGGUAUUCCCAAGCUGGAUGGCAAGACUCUUGCAAACAGUAAAUACUACAAAGGUGGCUUUGAACCAAAGAUGACAAAACGAGAAGCAUCGCUAAUCCUCAACGUCUCUCCAAAUGCUAACUCGCUGAAAGUGAAGAGUGCUUAUAAGAGAAUGAUGCAGGUUAAUCACCCUGAUAGAGGAGGGUCCCCAUACAUCUCUGCUAAACUUAGUGAAGCCAAGGAUCUGCUAGAUAAAUAGAAUGCACAUAUCGACAAGGAUCCAAUGUAACUACUGUACUGUAUAUAUGAAAUAUUUCUUAGAUACUCAAGAUUGCUUAUCCUCCUGGAAUUGAGGGUUGAUUGGAAUGCAAUUAAAAUAAUGUGGCCCAAUAUGAGGAUGUGCCAGUUAUGAAUAUACAUACAAUGAACCUUGUAUGUGAACGUUAACAUCACUUUACCACCAAAUAAAGGUUAUAAUAUUCGUUAGCAUUUUUAUAUCAAAAGCAACUCUAUAAUUCACUAAUUUUGUAAAGAUAUUGCUGUAAUUACUGUAACUUAAAAUGCAAAUGUAGUUUUGUUUGCACAAAAUUUACAUUUUAAGGUUAACACCAAAUCUUUAAAACAUGAUCUUGUCUAAAGCCAUGUACAAUAGCUUCAAAAUUGUGCAUUGCAAUUGUCUAUAAAGCACCCUAAUAAAUUUACAUUAAAAUUAUAAUGUUUGUCAACUUUACUGAUUUAAUUAGUUACCAAUAAUGUGUUUGAUGCUUAAAGAAAUCUCUCGGAGUCAAAGUUUAAUUGAAAGAGUCAAAAUUUAAUUGUAGUAAGUUAGAAUAGGGAAUAUUAAAGAUAAUGAGAUACAGUACUUCAAUAAAUAUUUGGCUACCCUGACUGGAUUUAUGCAUUGUUCCCCCCUAACUAGAUGCAUGAUUGCAAUCAGAAUUAAGUUGCAUAUAAGAAUUUACCAUCAGACAUGUUGUCUACUGGUGGUGCUUUUGUUGAGUGCGUGGAAGCUGACUACUAACCUAUCUAUUAAAACAUCCAAAUUCCUAUGUAACUGGAAAUUGACCUUGAAUCAGUUCAUAUUCUGAACUCUUCCCUGUUUACAUUUGUUUUAUGUUGGGAACAUUUUGGUGUUAAUAAGUGAUACAAGUGUAACCAUAUGCAGUCACAAUGUAUUGGGUCAUUGUGUUUUUGAAUUUAUGUAAACUCCUGUAAAUAUAUAUAUAUAUGUUUGUUA